AUGUCCUCCAAGCCAGCGUUCGAUACACGCCCCGUCAUCAUCUCCGGCCCCAGCGGCGCGGGCAAGAGCACCAUCCUCAAGCGUCUUUUCGCCGAGUUUCCCGACCGCUUCGGGUUUUCCGUAUCACACACCACCCGUGCACCGCGCCCCGGCGAGCAGGAUGGCCGUGAAUACCACUUCACAACGCGCGAGAACUUCGAGUCCAUGAUCGCCGACAACCAAUUCGUCGAGAACGCCAUCUUCGGCGGCAACCGCUACGGAACCUCUUUCGCCGCCGUCGCCGACGUCGCUGCCAAGGGCCGCGUGUGCAUCCUCGACAUCGAGCUCGAGGGCGUGAAGCAGGUGGAUCGUCUUUCCAACGAGGACAAGCUGCCAUUCGCGCGGCCGAAGUUCUUGUUCCUGGCGCCGCCGAGUGUCGAAGUGCUGGAGCAGCGGCUCAGAGGGAGGGGCACCGAUACGGAGGAGGCGAUUCAGAAGAGGCUCAACCAGGCCAAGGUCGAGAUGGAUUUUGCGAAGACGGGAGCAAUCCACGAAAAGGUAGUCGUGAAUGACGACCUCGACAAGGCAUACAAGGAGGUGAGGGACUUCAUUGUCGGACCGGACGAAUCGUGA